AUGACUACGAAGGCGCACGUCAUGGCUGUGACCGCGGUAAAUAUACCUGCUGAUUCCCUGCUAGCCGAUGCUUGGCCAAGCCUCCUUGGUGGGAGGGCUUGGGAGGCUUCCUGCGAAACAUCUGCAGGCUUACAUCCAGACCUCGCUUUGAUCAGAACAUGUCAAGAGGAGGCAAAAACUCCCCAAUGCUGGCCACCGAAUGGAACACGCAUCUGCAUUCCAGCAACCGACGUGUCUUUCUCUUGGCCGCCCUUAUACUACAAUGAAACCUCGAACGUCUACAUCAACUACAACCAACGCGGCACACCGAACCAGACCCUCGACCACGCAUCCGGCGAGCUACUCAACACCACCCUCGUGACAGACAUGGGGGCAGACGGGAUCCGCGAUCGCCCCUACGAAGAAGCCGUGGAGAUUAUCAUCCACGAAAAGUGGCGUGCAUUCGAUUCUCUGCAAGAAAUAGUGCACCAGGGCCGGACCCUUAUCCUGGUGGCCCCAGACGGGCUCACACAGCCAAGCGCAACAGUCCCCCCCGACAACGACGGCCCGAAGCUCGCACCGGGAACCAUCGCUGGCAUAGUCUUCGGCGCCCUCAUCGGGGCGAUCCUGCUCGGCAUGCUGUGCUUCUCGUGCUGCGGCUGCGUCUGCUGCGGGAACAUGGGCGAGGCUGAGCGCAAGGGAAUCAGACAGCAACAAGCCCUACGCGAGCAGGGCGAGAUGGACGACGCCAAGCUUGAAGGCGUGGUGACUGUCCCGACGAGAGCGGCUGCAAGGCCUGCAUCGAUUCGCUCAGAUGCGGUUCGUGCCGUGGAAGAGCAGAGCGUGAAGCAACAGCAGCUCAAGGGCGUGGGAGAGGGCGUGAGUAUGCCACCGGCUCAUGAGGUGCCGCCGCCGAAGUACACGCCGUAG